AUGAGCAACCGGCCUGUUGAGAAAUAUGACGGAGCGCGCGACGAAGAGACCGGAAACGGGCAAGAGAAAAAGCCGCCAGCGCGGGCUCCGACAGCCUUCUGGGACCCGAUCCAGUACGCGGACAAGGAACCGACCGAGAAAUGCCUCUCGACUGUGGUGCGACAGAUAGCGGACUUGGAGGAGAACCGGCCUUGCGGAGUAUUCGUCGAGCCCGAGGACGACGACGUGACCAAGAUCCACGCCCUCAUUCUGGGACCCGCCGGCACGCCCUACGAAGGAGGCUUCUUCCACUUCGUGCUCAAGUGUCCUUCGGACUACCCUUCGAGGCCGCCGCUGGUGAGGCUGAUGACCACGGACUCGGGUAGGGUACGUUUCCACCCGAGCUUAUACGAAAACGGCAAGGUCUGUCUGGCGCUUCUGGGCACAGACACUGUCGGGCCUGCUUGGACACGCUACCGCAGCAUCGGAAGCGUGCUGACCAUUAUCAGGUCGUUGCUGGACAAAGAGAAUCCCAUCGCCGAAGGGUCGGCUUUCGGUGUGCUACCAGCCGUAGGGACGUGGCUGAACAGCGGCAUCUGCUACAACACCGUCUUGCAGCACGAAACUGUAAGAGUUGCGGUAUGCGACGCGGUCGAACACUGCCUCAAGGGUACUUCCCCUUGCCCGGACACUCUGAGGAACGAGAUGUUGAAACAGUUUCGGAAGUUAUACGGCCAGUACGAGAAAGUGGUCAAGGAGCGGCUACCCCUGACGGGCUCCUUCAUGAACGACGCAUUUGACGGUGGCGUCGCCAUGUACCAGUACGAGACGCUACUGGCGCGUCUGCAGGACCUGCAAGAGAGGGUGGGCACGGGCAAUUAA